GUGAAGUGAAGAACCAAACCAUGAAGUGUGAUACGAAGAUAUUCGCAGCAGUGCUCUUAGCGAUCAUGUGUCAGACUACUGCCAGAGUAGUGAAACGCGCAGAUGGAAAUCCACAUGACCUUAUGCUUCCAGGUCAGGGAAUGGCGAACCAAUGCUUAAAAUGCAAACUUUCCGAAAAACUGAGCCUAGCGGAAUGUUUGAUGAAACCAGAUUCUGAUAACAAAAAAUAUGAAGACUGCAAAUCUUCAAGGCCAGAGUGUAUGACUCAACUGUGGAACUGGAAUAAAAAAAUGGUAUUUGCUUCAGAGUGUCAACAGAUCGAGGCAUGUAUUGAAGAAAGUUCAAAUGAACCCUGGCACAACAAUUGCGACAGUCCACCAAUAAUUGUAUCAACAAAAUGUAGAUAUUGCUGCAAUGCAGCCAACAUUACACAAGGAUACUAUUGCCCACUACCAUCAGAUCCUAUGCUUUGCAAAGUUUGGGGUGAUCCACGCUUCAGCACCUUUGAUGGUUACAAGUACCAUGAAGGAGGAGACUGUGAUUUCUAUACAUUGUUGAAGAUGGAUGGUGGAAAUCAUGAUAUACUUGUUCAAGUAACCGAGUCUGAACACCAGGGUCAUUACCGUGUGGAGACAAUGAAAAUCACCCAAGCAGGCCAGACAUUGAAUGUUGGUACAAACAACCAUGAUGGAACAGAUGUAGUGUUCACAUUGCCAGGUUACACCAUAAAUGUUGCUGAUUUCCCUUCAGUUUAUGGUCAGUUCAAUAUAGGCAAGAUAGGUGACGAUUACAAUAUCUAUAUUGACACUGAUUUGGAUGGUUAUAAUGAUCUUCUCAUUACCUGGGGUUUCAGAAGGGUAGAACUUAAACUCACACAGCUCUUCGAUGGAGAUUUCCCUGUGGAAGGCCUGUGUGGCAAUGCUGACGGAGACUCAGAAAAUGAAUUGAUAAUGCCAAAUGGUGCGACUGCACCCAGUGAUAGCGUAUUCCACAGUAGCUGGGGCACUGGUUGUCCACCUUAGAAGAAAACUGUGCCAUGUCCAGAUAAACCGGAAUCGACUACAUCUAGACAAAUCACAGAAAAUUGAACAUUUUGCUUUGGUGCUUUUAAUUAAAAUGGUGCAGGGAAGCCAAGUAGACUUGUUUGUCUACACAGUGUGCAGUAUUAUAUAACAAUUAAAAUAUAAUGAAAAAUU